AUGCCAUUAUCCCUCAUGAAGAAGCUCCAAAUCAAUGAGCUGACACCCACAGAUGUAAUCAUACAAUUGGCUGACAAAACUCAAAGGCAAGCAAUAGGAGUAGUUGAAAACGUGUUGGUGAAGGUUGGGAACUACUUCCUUCCCACAUAUUUUGUUGUCCUGGAGAUGGAAGAGAGUCAUAUCCAUCCAAUCAUCCUGGGGAGACCGUUCCGAGCCACGGCCAGAGCACUUGUAGAUGUGGAGCGAGGAGAGCUAAUAUUGAGGAUACAUGAUGAACAACUUAUCUUCAAUGUCUUCAGACCCUCACAAGAAGCAGAGCAAGAAAACCAUGAACUAAAGGAUGAUCAUAACAUGACACCUCUGGAAGAAACAAGCAAGGAAACACAAACAGGGCAUCUGGAAACCCCAAGUGUUGAUAAACAAGAUAGUCAGAUGCUACAACAGCCAAGGAAAACCCAGGGGUGA